CUAUCCCUGACCUCGCUGCGAAGCAGCACGCAGCCGGACCUCUCGCGGCGGCUGUACCGGCUGAUCAAAACCUUCAACAAUGUCAUCUCAGCCCACUCCUCUGCCGGGCGGGAGCGCAGUUCGGUAGCGGCGCAGCUGUCCGAGUGGGGCGAGCAGACGGGCGACGAGGCCGUCAGCGACGUGAGCGACAAGAUCGGGGUGCUGCUGGCCGAGACGGGGGAGCUCGAGGCCGCAUACGCGCGGCAGCUGGACGAAGGGGCGCGAGCAGCGCUGAAGGCGAUACGGAAUACCGAGCGUAGUGUGCAGCCUACGAGGGAUGGGAAACGCAGGUUGGUGGAGGAGAUUGGAAGGUUGAAGGUGAAAGAGCCGCAGAGUGCGAGGCUAGUGACGCUGGAGCAGGAGCUUGUCAGGGCUGAGGCGGAGGGGUUGGUUGCUGAGGCGCAGUUGGGGAACGUGACGCGGCAGAAGCUCAAGGAGGCAUACACGGCCGAGUUCCUCGCCACGAUUGAGCGCGCCGAGAAGCAGAUCAUCCUGUCGCGGCACGGGUUGCGGCUGCUGCAGCUGCUUGACGAUACCCCGACGGUCCCCGGCGAUGUGCGGCCGGCGUACGCGCACGCCUCGCAGGCCAGGCAGAUUCUGAACGAUGCUGAGGAUGACCUGCGAGACUGGCGGCCG